AUGGGAUGUAUAUUUAGUGGACGUGUGGAGCCUGCUGCAGUUCAGAAGUCGUGUGAAGACAUUCUGGAUGAUGACAUUAACGAUGAAAUAUUUCGUGAAAAUAAAAUAAAAUCGGCGGAAGAAAUAUCAAAUGGAAAAACAACAUCACAACUGAAGGAGCCAGAUGCAUUUCGAGAUGUACAGAAAAGAGAAACGGGCGUCAUAGUUUAUCAAAACACAACUGACAAAGAACAAUGGGAUUUCUCAGAUAUAGACAGAUAUGCCUUACAAGCAACAUAUCAUACAGAAAUGUCUGUUGAAACACUUGCAAAUCAGUUAUCAAAUCCUGUACAGAAUACAUUGGAAACUGUCAGAGCAAUUUACGUGUGGAUAACAAACAACAUUAGAUAUGAUACAGAUGAAUUAAAGGGUGAUAAUAAAAGACUUUCGGAUCCACAAGUAGUUCUAAAACGUAGAACGUGUGUGUGCACUGGGUAUGCAAAGUUGUUUGAAGCCUUAUGCAGGUCUGAACCAGUAAAAAAAUUUUCGAAAACUGACGAAUACAACUGUAAAAUAAUCGAACCUGUCUACAGACAAAUCCCUACUUGUACAAAAAUCAGAUUUAGGAUGAAAUGUAACAGAAAUUUAGAGAUCUGUUUUCGCACUGAACAGAAAUACACUAUAAAGUCAGAUGGGGCCGACGAGGAUAUAUCAUUUCCAAAGAACGAUGGUUUAUGGGAAUUUUUGUCCGACGCCAACAAUUAUGGAUUUCAAAAUACUGGAUAUUAUAAACUAACGAUAUUCUCCGAAACAGAUUCCAAGAAUCACAAGACAGGGACAUUUCUCAUAGACUGCACUGAGCCAGCAAAUCCAUGCCUACCGUUUCCAACAACUUUUGCAGAAACACACGAAUACAAUUGUGUUCUUAUAGAGCCUUUAGACGGUAUACUUCCUGCAAAUUCUAGCAUAACAUGUAGAUUUAGAUCAUCUAUAAUAUUAUCAGCAAUUGUUAAUGGACAUAUGAUGACAAAGGCGGGAAGUGAAUGGAUUAUAACAACUACUACACCUAGCACUGGGGAAGCAUUUGACAUCGCUGGAAACCAGUGA